AUCGAACAUGGCUUUCUUAUCAUAACAGAUCUUUCCAUUGAACCCCAAGACCGCAGCAUGACUUCCAUCGCGGACGACAUAAGAUUCGGGCCUGCAGUGCCUGACAGACCAGCAAUAGCCCCAAGUCGCGAUGCGCAACUCGUCGGCCGGCAUAUCACGAUCGUAGCGGUCCACCCAGAUCAUGCAGCGAGUCUCUACAGCCUUAUCAAAGGUCCCGAACAGCAUUCGUUGUUUGACUACCUCUUCGACGAGCCUCCGGAUUCUCUAGCUUCAUUGCAACAUCAGCUAGAGGAAAAAGCAACGAUGACCAACCCCUGGGCAUAUAGCAUUUUGCUCCACGUGAAUCCCGAUGAUACUCCGAAAGCCGUUGGCAUGGCAUCGCUCAUGCGAAUGGACUUGCCAAAUCGCGUCAUCGAGGUUGGCAGCAUUCUGUUCACGCCUGCUCUACAGCGCACGCCCGCUGCCACGGAAGCCAUGUACCUGUUAGCCCGUUAUGUUUUCGAAGACCUUGGUUUCCGCAGAUAUGAAUGGAAGUGUAACAGUUUGAACGCACCCUCUCGCCGUGCCGCUGAGCGCCUUGGCUUCACAUACGAAGGCACCUUCAGACAGCAUAUGAUCGCGCGAGGCCACAACCGCGACACGACAUGGUUUGCCAUGCUGGAUUCUGAAUGGCCAAGAUUGAAGGGUGGCUUCGAAGCAUGGAUGGAUCCAUCGAACUUUGACCAGAAUGGGAGACAAAAGAGGAAGCUUGAGGAUCUAAGGCUAGCGUGAAUGUCUCGCAAUGUUCGAACAGCCGCGAUGAUUGGAGGAAUUAUUGAAGGUAGCCUGAAAGCUUCGUUGUAGAAGAGCCGGAUUUACAACUAUGAGCGCACAUCUCCGCCUCGCCAAUUUUCAAUCAAAAGAAGCUUACACAGACAUUGCGACCAAAGGCGUAAGACGACGACUGCCACAGACCCACCUGAACGUGCCCGUUAGUAUCUGUCGAACUCGCGGAGUCGGGCAAGCACAGCUGCUUUCAAGUCUCAACACAGGCACAUCAACGACCCAAUCCACUCCAUCCAUGACCUUAGC